CCGCCGCCCGCGCUGCGGCUCGGUCGCGCCGGCCCCGCGGGCUCCCGCCGCCGCCAGCAUGCAGCCCCCCACCCUCGGCAUCCUCCUGCUCAUCGCCUGCUUCGGCAGCGCCCGGGGAAACCUCUCCCGCGACGAGAGCCAGCCCACGACGUCGGACGAGACCGUGGUGGCCGGGGGCACGGUGGUGCUCAAGUGCCAGGUGGAGGAUCCUGACGAUUCCUCGCUGCAGUGGUCCAACCCUGCCCAGCAGACGCUGUACUUUGGGGAGAAACGAGCCCUGCGGGAUAACAGGAUCCAGCUGGAGAGAUCCACCCCCAACGAGCUGACCAUCAGCAUCAGCGACGUGGUGCUGGCCGACGAGGGCGAGUACACCUGCUCCAUCUUCACCAUGCCCGUGAGGACAGCCAAGGCCCUGGUCACCGUGCUGGGAAUCCCCCAGAAGCCGCAGAUCUUCGGCCACGAGCAGCCCAUCGAUGAGGAGAAGGUGGCGCGGCUCAUCUGCCGCUCGUCCGGCAGCAAACCCGCGGCGCAGCUGCGCUGGAGGAAGGGCAACAGGGACAUCAAGGACUCGGGCACCGAGGUGGUGGAGGACCCCAACGGCAAGACCUUCACGGUGACCAGCAGGGUGGAGUUCCGUGUCACCAAGGAGGACAACGAGGUCGAGGUCACCUGCACCGUGGACCACGAGUCCCUGCAGAACUCAGAGAGGUCCACCACGCAGAAGCUGCAGGUCCACUACAAACCCACGGCGAAGAUCGAGCCUCACCCUCAGUACCCACGGGAGGGGGAGAAGCUGCAGCUGCAAUGUGACGGGCAGGGCAACCCCAUCCCGCAGGAAUUCCUCUGGGAGAAGGAGGGCAGCGACGCCCCCCUGCAGCUGAGCUCCGACAGCGUCCUCAUCUUCCCCUUCCUCAACAAGAGUGACAGUGGCACCUACGUGUGCACGGCCACCAGCUCCAUGGGCAGCGUGGUGGCCAAGUACAACCUGGACGUCAGCGAUGCCAGCCCGGUGCCCUCGACCUCCAGCACGUACCACGCGAUGAUCGGCGGCGUGGUGGCCGUCAUCGUCUUCCUCCUGCUCAGCCUCCUCAUCGUGCUGGGACAUUACCUGAUCAGGCACAAAGGGACGUACCUGACCCACGAGGCCAAAGGCUCGGACGACGCUCCGGACGCCGACACCGCCAUCAUCAACGCCGAGGGCGGCCAGGCCGGCGGCGACGACAAGAAGGAAUAUUUCAUCUAAAAGGGUCAGAGAGAGAGGAGAGAGAGAGAGAGAGAGAAAGAGAGAAAAA